GAUAUUACUAGCACGCGUAAUGAGACAUCUCUGCGACGGUGACCUCUGCCGACUCAGUUUGACGUGUCGUCACCUGAUGAAUGCUGCUGAGCCUGAGCUUUGGUCCUUUCUUGAAUUUCACCAGAGCGAUUAUCACCACAUGUGGGAUCUCGAUGUGCCACCGCAUUUCAUUCCAGCGGCCAAGCGACACCCCAGACCGAUCAUGGCGGGCACGGAUCAUUACCAUCAGUGUCAGCUGACGGGAGAGAAAUUCUGCAGGAUGUUACAGGAACGCUACAAUAAUGACCCUGCUCGGCUUCAAGUGGCCUGCAGCCGCGUUACACACCUCUGCACCGUUGUGUAUCCCGAAGGGCCACUAUGCGGCAUUAUUCUGUCCUUCUUCCAAAAUCUUGAGACACUUGAACUGCACGGAACGGAUCCAAAGGCGGAUUUUGAAGAGAUCCCCGAGCAUGAGAUUACCUGGCCAAGUCUCGCGAGACUUCGGUUCGCAAGGCUAUUCGGGCAUAUCCCACGAAACAUCGUCAAGUGGAUAAUGAGAUCUAGCUCCACUCUCGAACGCCUGGAGAUCGGGUUGCUUGACAGGCCGAUCUGCCCUGGUGAGGACGGAUGGGGCAGAUACGACCCCCUUCCAGAGGAGGCGGUCGGGACAAUGUGGAAUGGUACACCUGACUACGGCAGCUUGCACGAUGGGGUGCUGAUUCCUCGACCAAUGGGUGGGUUCUUGCCUAACGAUAUAGAGCUUGAUCUACCGAAAUUGAAACACCUCUUUCUUUGUUCACCUGCGAGGGAUCCCCGCUAUCAUGAAGUUUCCAGCCCCGAGGAUGGUGAUUUCGAGGAGGACGAAGUAUACGAUGAAUUCAUGAUGCAAUACUCUUGGUCGACCCGUGCCGAAGAAGCGAGUUUUGCUGCUUGGAGACGCUUAUUGCUAGGUUCUCGUGAGAACCUGGAGAUCCUGGUGCUUGAUCAGCGAACUGGCGCAGAGUAUACAGAAGGCGAUGCCUUGGGUCAAGAAGACUAUGUCAAGUUGAACCGGGCAGGCCAUGUCAAUCACGCGCUGGUUGCUUUGGUACAGGACCUUAUCACGGAUAAGAACCUAUUUCCUGCUCUGAAAUGGGUUUAUUUAUACGGCUUUGCCGUCGGCGUGAGGCCGGAGACGCGGCCGGAUACGAAGGUACCAGGUGGAAGAUUGAUGUUGGCUUUGAGGGAGCGCGGGGUCCAAUGUGAGGCAAGAUUGGGAGGAUGGUGCUACUUUGAUUACCCGAGGGGGAGUGCUAAUUGGGCAGCAUGGGGGUAUAACUCAAGAGAUCCUGCUCACGUUGAUGACCAAGAGGAUGACAAUUUCAACACGCACAUAUUUGUUGUCUCUCCGACCACGACGCUGUUCCACCAUACCCCUGUUGGAGAAGAG